AUUUUGCAAAAUUCUGAUAAAAUGAAACAUAUUUAAAGCUAAUUUUUGCAAAAUAAACUUAGUUUUUAAAUAAAAUUACAAAUAAAUUAAACCUGACUAAAGAAAGCAAUAAAAUUGUAAACAUGGCUGCUAUACCACCAAAAUACAUAUCUGCCGAUGAUGUGGAAAAACUCCUAACUUGGCCGCUGGUAAAUGAAGCUGUAGAGGAAGCUUUAAAAGCAACCGGACAAACUGAAGCAGAUCCUGUAAAUCCUCAACAUUCCUAUGCUGUACAACCAGCCCGUUCCAUGACGCCCAGUGGCGAUCGUACAAAGCUUUUAAUGUGUAUGCCAGGUUUUGUAGGCAACUAUACAUUAGGUGCCGCCGACAAUAAGAAAAAUACUUUAGCUUGCAAGUUGGUAACAUCAUUUGCUUCCAAUCAACAUCUUACACCGCCUGUACCCAAUAUCUUGGCCAACAUUUUACUGUUCAACAAUCAAACGGGUCAUUUGCAAUGCAUUAUGGAUGGCACUCAAAUAACUGCCUGGCGCACAGCUGCCGCUUCCAUAGUGGCCACAAAAUAUUUGUAUUUCAAACGUUUUCCUGAGGAUGCCAACAAGGCCAUUCGAUUGGCUGUUAUUGGUUGUGGUGUACAAGGACAAUCUCAUGCCCUAGGCAUGUGCAAGACAUUUAAUGUUAUCGAUGUUUAUCUGUAUAAUCGCACUAAAGCGAAGGCGGAUCUAUUGGCCGACAAAUUGAAAGCAGAAUUCCCUACCAGAGUCCAUGUUUGCGAUACUGCAGAGAAGGCAGUACAAGAGGCUGAUGUGGUGUGUGUGGGAACCUACUCACCAACUGCUUUAAUAAACUAUGCCAUGCUUAAAGGGAAUGAUGUGCACAUAAAUACUGUUGGCGCUGGCCAGGUUCACUUUGGUGAAGUGGCCCAAGAUAUUUAUGACCAGAGUGUGGUUUACGUGGACUCUAUGCUCAGUGCUAAAGUUGAGCUGAAAGAUCUUAAGGCUCGCAUUGUGGGCGAGGUUGGUGAAGUCAUACGUAAUGGCAAGAGAACGGAAAAUGAGCGUAUCACUAUUUAUCAAUCUAUGGGCAUUGCUGCGGAAGAUUGCACUGUUGCACAAGCAAUUUACGAUGCUACUAUUAAGGAGAAAAAUUGCUCAUGAAUUUAAUUUCCCUUUUUUAAUAAAAAUAAUUGAAAUAUAAA